CGCCCACCCCCCUCCACACCGGCCAGCACAGCAACAGCCUUGUAACGAGACACAACGCGCCGCAUCACAAAAUAAUAAGAGAAAAAAACUUCAGCACACAGCACAGCACACAACACAGGAUGAGUCGCAUCUCAGCACCACUGUAGCCAUCCCAUCUCGGCCCACACUCACGCGCCGCAGCAGCCUCUCGUCAAUCAGAAACAAGCAAUCCGCACGCACCCGCUGCCUGUGCACCAUAGAAAUCUCACGGUCUCACUGUCUCACUGUUUCACUGUCCCACAGCGGGUCGGCACCUGGUGAGUCGUUGUCGGCUGUUGGGGAUUAGGGCGUUUAGAUGGGGGAUACGUGGGCUGUAGGGCGAUACAGAGAUUAUACAAAGAAAGAUACAAAGCUCGCUCACUGCCUUUUUUCGAACGAACGAACUUUCUACAGUACUUACCUACUUACCUCUAUCUUCGAUCAUCGCUGAUUCUUCACGCACUCACUCACACACUCGACUCGACUCGCAUAUAUAUAUAUAUAUUAUUUUUUUGCUGUAUACAAUAUACACGCAGACAGAAGCGCGCACUCAUAGGAAUGAAUUACGCGGACACACACACACGCAUUACGAACGCACGAAUGUACGCACAAAUGCACACACACACAAAUAUACACCUUACAAUACAAACACACCCACACACGAAAUAUACACGAAAUACACACCCCCAUCACGACCAAAACCUAGAUACAUACUCAGCCCAGCCUUGACGCGCAACCACCAACGCCUCACUAUCUAUGCGAAUCCGCGACCGGUGUGAGUUGAGUCGAGUUAGUUGAGGGAUAAACAGGCGUCAAAGGCGUCAAAAGUGACAAAGAGUGUGACAAGGAAUACAACAAAAAAUACGCCGAAUCUACAGUACAACAUCCACACCAAGAAAUUCGCUAUCGAUAAGGGAAUAAGCUUCGAUCAUUCGAUCACACCCGACGGCGGAAAAAGUUCCCUUGUCCCUCCCUCUUCAACCCACCCCAGCAGAAAAGUGUCGAAGGUUGUUUUCUCUUCUCACUUUCUUUUUUCCCCCCAGCAACCGACCAAAGACCACCAUCAACCCUAGCAGGUUGCAACAAUCACCCAGCAGAAAAGUCGAAGGUUGUUUUCCCUCUGCUUCUUUUCCCUGCACCAACCGACCAAAGGCCACCAAAAGACCACCAUCAAACCCUAGCAGGUUGUCAACUAUCACCCUACACCACCCCUACCACCAGCCGCCAUUACCCUGCCACCACCGGCCACUACCCUACCACCCUUACCACCACCGUCAAUCACCCUACCCACCAUCAUCCAUCAUCCACCAUCAUCCACCAUCCACCAUCCAUCAUCAUCCACACCCCCCCCAGUCCCUUCCCUACCACAAAUCCACUCCACCACCCCACAUUUAUUCUUCGUCCCCCGUGCCUAAAUAUCCACCCACCUUACACCACCUAUAUCCACUCAAAAAGUCCCAAAAUCUUUCCCAAAAAGUCCCGCGACCGCAGCCCAACCUACUUUUAGUACUAUACCCACCACAUACAAAGUACUCUCGAACUGCACUCGAACAACUCCGCCUACUCUACUCUGCACAGUCUACUCGGCCACAAACCACAAGCCAGUCUGCCUGCCUGCCUGUCUACCUUGCCAGCCUACCUGCCUAAAAACAUUUCUCUCGGCCUUCUACCUUCUUUCUUCUCUUCUCUUCUUCCCCUUCGACAUAUCUUACAACAUCUCACCAACUACCACGUCGACUACCCUCUCGCGUUAUCACAAAGGCGAACAUAUCAUUAUCAAUACAUACAUCACAACCCAAUACCAUUGCGCACGCCGACUACAAUAACCACCGUUCCCGCGAAGGCGUCGCCCGCUUGUCAGAACGAUGGGGUCCGAUAAGGCCCGCCCCGCUUACGUCGAGGACGUCUUGGGAGACGAAGACAGCGACAACAAUCGCACCAUACGCAACACCCGAGUGUCCGCCCGCGCAUCGAAGAAGGAAAAGAAACAGAGGAACGAGAAGCGCGUCGCCCAGGAGAAGAAGAAGUCACAAUCCGAUGAUGGAUACUCGUCGCUCCCUGUCUUGACGAGGGCAGAUGAGAGGGCGACUGUGAAAGAAAUUCGAGUCAUACCCGACCGCGAGCCCCGAGAGGGACGGCGGAAAUCGUUAAACAUCAACCCGGGGAAGAGCCCGCGCAAGUCGUCACGGCCUCCCACACAGCGAAGCGUCACUUUCGAUCACAGCGACCUACCGAGCCGCCCGAAGGAUCGGGACGACCCGAGAUACUUCGGCCAGACGAGGGGCGGUCAUCCUUUCGUCAUCCAGGCACAAUCCACGCCUCGGGCCGCCCCAUCAUCCGCGGCAUCCUCACAGUCGCGACAGUCGCGACCGAUGAGCAUAAGUAGCAACAACAUCAGCCGACCGCCGCUCUCCGGCUCGGCACAUUUCUACGCACCCUCACCCCUCUACACCGCGCCAAUCAUGAUCCAACCGCAAUACCAGAACCCGAUGCAGAUGGCGUACUCGCCGAGCCAACCCGGGUCGCCGAGCCGCAAGACACUAGAGGACCGAUUCGCGCGGACUGGUGCGUCGACGAUUGUCAGGCCGUCGUCGGUUUCGGGAUAUAGGCCGUCUGAUCUCCAGCUGGUGCAAAAAGGGGUCUACGACGAUGACGACGAAGAGGACGACGACGACGACGACGACUAUGACUCUGAGGAAGAAGAACGGAACCAAGCAGCGAUUAUGCAAGAAGCGGCGAGAGUGAGAGAGGUGAGGCGGCGAGCCAAGGAACAGCAGGACGCCCUAGACAUGCCCCCGCCACAGCCGAUGCAACGGCGAAGGAGCGUGCGUCAGCCCUCCGAGCAGUCUAUCUUCCUCCAGGACAACCUGGAUGACGAGCUUCAGCCCCGUCGAUCGCGAGACGAACCCCGCGAGACCCGCCGGUCGCGCGACUACGACCAUCGCCCUUCUGGGGACUACGAUCGACGUCCCUCUGGAGACUACGACCGCCGUCCCUCCGGAGACUAUGAGCGUCCCAGCCCGCGCCGCCCCAGCCCUCACCGCCGCCUGUCGCACGCCUACGAAUUCAACGAGCGCGAGCGUCCCGCUCAACCCAAGAUCACCUACCGCGGCGAUGCUGCCCCACCCUCGCGCGCACGCCGCCAAAGCCUUCCCCGCGCCCCGGAGUCAAAUGAAUCACUCUCUUUCGCCUACGACCGCGACGACGCCAAUAUCCGCAUCGAAGGCGCGACGGGGCGCCGCGCGAGCUACUACGGCCCCCUCUCCAAUUCAUCAAGCAACUACGAGGACAAGAUCCGCGACGCCGCGGGGUACCAAGCCGACGUCUCGGGCGGCGAGCCGAUCAAGCUCACCGCCGACCUGCUCCGCAAGCAGCAAAACACCAUCGGCAGCAGCCGCAGCACGCACAGCAGCAACAGCCGCGACGAGAGCGACUUCAAACGCUCCGUCACGACGCGCACGACCCGCUCGGUCAGCGGCAACGACGCCGGCACGGGCGGCGACGACGUCACGAUCCGCAUCAAGGGCAACGCGAAGGUGACGAUCGGGGCGGCGGAGAUCACGAACGCGGACGGCGUGGAGCUGAAUAUCGUGAAUAACCGCCGCCAGAGCAUACGUAAUGGCAGCGAGGCGUCGAGGUCGGAAUAUGCACCGUCGCAGUCGGGGCAGUCGCAGCCUCCCUUGUCGGAGUAUGCGCCGACGGCGACGGAUGAGAGGGAGAGGGAGAGGGAGAGGAAGGGGCGGAGGGAGAUUUUGGGGGCGCCGAUGGGGAGGGAGAGGACGGGGUCGGUGGCGGGGAGGAGGAGGGGGUUUUUCUGAGGGGUUUGAACCUCGUUUGAACCUCGGUAUUUUGUGAUUGGUCUUUUUUUGUGUUUUGAGCGAAUCGAGCGUUGCGUCUGUUUUUUUUGGGGGGUGGGGGGUUGGGUCAUUGCGAGUAGCUAGCCUGCGUUGCUAUAUUUCUCUUCUUCGACUUCUUCUUCUUCUUCUUAUUCUUCGUUUCUUCUGGGCGGGAUCCCGUUUUCAUAUGUUGGCCUUGGGAUGGGAUGGGAGGCCUUUCUUGGAUACGUUUUUCUCACUUUACUUUUCCGACGACGACUUUCUUGUACGAGUUUUCUUGUCACGACGGUUUUUUUACGCGGCGGAUGGAUGGAUGGGCAUCUCGACUCGAUGAUGAGGAUGAUGCCGAUGCUGAUGAUGAUUGAUGGCAUGGGAUGGAUACCCCGAUUUUUUUAAUGUGUUUUUUUUUUCAAAUUCUUAUAUCAUGUCUGAGGAGGUUUUUCAAAAGGGGAGAAAGGCCGAGAGGGAAGAGGUGGGACAUGUAAUGCUAUGCAUAUAAAAGCGAUAUCCCCAUUUUGCUUUUUUUUACUUGCAUUGGCGUCUAAAGAAACACACUUGUAUCUCUCUUAUUGUCUGGGCGGGAUAUUUCUGUUUUUACUUUGGGCUUGGGACAAAAAUCUGGGUUAUGGGAUUGGGACAGGGAAUGGGUAU